CGUUAAUUAGAUAAUUACAAUGCUAAAUCUGUUAAUAUUUAGUACAAUACUGGGAAGGUCGAUGGUACAAAAUUAUGAUGAAUAUCAUGUACACUCCAAUGUGUCUCCAUCGGAACGUUUAUUACAAUAUCAAACCCGAUGCACACGUAGAUUCACGCCAGGCGUAUGUAUAGAGCACGUAGUUCCAGUGUGGACUUACGAGUUCCACAUACAGAAUUGCACCGAGAGACUUGGUUGUCCGUACGCAACACGCACCAAUCGUUUCAUGAGUUACCGGCAAUGCAUCAACAGAUGUCGCUCGCUCAUCGAUAUGUACUCACAUAUACUCUCUGUCGAUAACGAACAGUAUAACUCCAGUGAUAUGGGGUAUUUACGAAAUCACUUUGGUAGACGAGAAGGUAUAGAUGUUGCAGAACUAAUAGAACUACCCGAGGUACAAGAUAAUAUGCGGGACAAUGAGGCUCCAGACUACGACUCGAGAGACGACGUACUGAUAUAUAAUCCCGCAGUAACUGUCGAAGAUGAGGAUAUAAUAGCUCUUAAUGAAGUUAUCCCACAGGAUAUUGACAAAGUGGAUGACAUGUAUUUGAAUGAUGAUAUUAUUAAACAUAAAAUAUGAGUUA